AUGCGCGCUGCGCCGCGCCUCCGCGAAAACCAUCGCGAUGGCCGCCGGAAGCGGAAGCGGUGGUGGCGUCAUCGGCGGCGCGCCGCGGCGCGGGGCGACGGGCCGGGCAUGAGCGCGGCCGAGCGGGGCCCGGCCCCGGGGGGCGGUGGCGCCGGCCCCGGGCGAGGCCCCGUAGCAGAAGCGGGCGGCGGGCGGAAGGCGCGGGGGCGGCCGCGGCUGACGGAGUCCGACCGGGCGCGGCGGCGGCUGGAGUCGCGGAAGAAGUACGACGUGCGGCGGGUGUACCUGGGCGAGGCGCACGGGCCCUGGGUUGACCUGCGCCGCCGCAGCGGCUGGAGCGAUGCGAAGCUGGCGGCCUACCUGCUGGGGCUGGAGCGGGGGCAGCGCGCCGGGCGGCGCGGGAAGCCGUGGGAGCAGAUCCCUAAAAAGCCCAAACGGAAGAAAAGGCGGCGGCGCAACGUGAACUGCCUGAGGCACGCGGUGAUCUGGUACGAGGACCACCGGCAGCGCUGCCCCUACGAGCCGCGGCUGGCGGAGCUGGACCCCUCGGUGGGGCUCUACACCACGGCCGUCUGGCAGUGCGAGCGCGGGCACCGCUACUUCCAGGACCUGCACUCGCCUCUGCGGCCCCUCAGCGACUCCGACGGGGACAGUGACGACGCAGCAGCUCCUGGCAGCUCCUCCUCCUCCUCAGGGGGCUGCAGCUCAGGCUCCGAGACGAUGCAAGGGGGGGCCCCGUCGACGCCCGGUGGAGUGGCGGUGGCCCCCCCCGCAGGUCCAGGCCCCCCCGAGGGCGCUGCAGAGGGUCGGGGAGCAGCGCUGGAGGCUGUGGUCUGUGUGCCGCUGCCACUGCCUCUGCGGCUGGGCACGGGGCGUGGGCCACUGACGGAGGGGGGGCCCCACACCCUUCUGCAGGGGCCCCCCCUCCUCAUCCUGGCUAGCCCCGGCUAUGAUGCGCUGGGAGGGCUACAGCUGGAUGUGGGGGGGGAUGAGGUGCCCUGUGCUCUGCUGGAGGCGGGGGGCACCUUCCCCCCACACCCUCUGGAGCCCCACCUCCCCAAGACAGAGGAGGACGAGGUGCUGGGGCUGAAGCAGGAGGAGGUGCCCCUCCCUGCCGCCGAGCCCCCCCCCCAGCCCCCUCCGGAGCCCCCCCGGGAGCCCUCCCCACCCCCCCUGGCUGAGGAUGCUGACAGUGGUGACGUAUCGGCCAUCAUCUACGAGAUUCCCAAAGAGCCGGAGAGGCGUCGGCGGAGCAGGCGGGGCCGUGCCCCCCCCCCCGACCCCAAGGAGCUCCCGGAGCCGAUCGCCUGCCCCUACUCAGGCUGUGGGCAGGUCUACGUUGCUCUCAGCAGCUUCCAGAACCACGUCAACCUGGUGCACCGCAAGGGCCGGACCCAGCAGUGCCCCCAGCCCGGCUGCGGAAAGAGAUUUUACCUGGCCAACCACCUGCGUCGGCACAUGGUCAUCCACUCUGGCGUACGGGAGUUCACGUGCGAGACCUGCGGGAAAUCCUUCAAGCGCAAGAACCACCUGGAGGUGCACAGGCGGACACACACCGGGGAGACCCCCCUGCAGUGUGAGGUCUGCGGGUACCGCUGCCGCCAGCGUGCCUCCCUGACAUGGCACAUGAGGCGUCACGGGGGGCCCGGGCUGCGCCCCUUCCCCUGCGAGCGCUGCGGGAGGCGCUUCGAGCGCCCUGAGGGCCUCAAGUUCCACGCACUCAAGAGCCACUCCGAGCCCCGUGGCACCUAGCUGGGGGGGGGGGGGGGUUACCCCCCUGCCCCCUUGGGUCGCCCUGACUUCCCUGAGGUUGCCUCAUGGCAUGUGGAGGUGAGGAAGUACCCCCUGGGGGGUCCUGACACCGUGCCCCCCCGCCCCCCCUGCCCCCUCCCCUCCAUGGGGCACCCUGAGCUCCCUGUGCUUGGUGGAGCUUGGGGGGUUCCCAACCCCCCCCCUCCCCCCACCAUGGGGCACCCUGAGCUCCCUGUGCUUGGUGGAGCUUGGGGGGUUCCCAACCCCCCCACCACCACCAUGGGGCACCCUGAGCUCCCUGUGCUUGGUGGGGCUCCGCACCCCUCCUGGGGCCCCACAGCUGCCCCCAGCACAGGACCCUGACACCCCCCCCAGGAUCCCUCCAUCGCCCCGGGACACAUCCGACCCCCCACCCUGACUCACUCUUUAUUUAUUUCCUGAUUCAGUUGUCAUCCCCCUCCUCCCCUGGGGCAACUGGGUCUUGUUGGGGGGGGGGUGGGGACACUGGUUUUGUCUUGGAAGAGAGGGACCUGACUCCCCCAGGGCCCGCUGACACCCCCUCGUUCUAUUAAAGCGAUGGCUUUUA